CGCGCGGUUCGCUGUCCCUCCACUCUGGCAAGGUGCAGCCACCCCCCUGGGAGCCGUCGAGGAGGGAACGCAGACUUCAGCCAGCCGCUGCUCCAGCUCCUCCCCCAUGCGCCACAGUCAAGAGCAGGGCACCGACCUGGCUGUGAGGGCUCCCGACAGGACGACGGCCGGCCGCGAGGGUGUGAGGAAGCACGGAGUCAUGACCCGGCUACUCCUGGCGCUCUGGGCGUCCCUGGUGUCAGUGGAACUCGCCCGAGGCUCGGUGACUAGGGAGCCACCCAGAAACCUGAGCUGCUUCCAGUGCUUCAAGGUUUACCAGCACCGCCUGUGUAGGCCCAGGAUGUGCCGACCAGAGGAAAAAGUCUGCCUGAGCAACGAAGUGUUCAUUUACUCGAGUACAAGGAGCAGAACACAGGUCAGCAAGGACUGCGCUGUCUCAUGUCCCAACUCCAACAGUGUGUUUGAGUGGCCAGCGAGCAAAGGAAUUCAGGCCAGGAUCACCAGAGGAUGCUGCUCAAGGAAUCUCUGCAACAGAGCACCUGGCGCUGUGUUCAGGACCCUGCCUGGGAGGAUCCUGCUGCCACUGGGUCUGGGCCUCUUCCUCACCCUGUUGUGA